AUGGAAGAAUUACCAAACGACCAAUUCAUGGUCAACACUUUACUAAAACAUCUCUACUUCGAUAGACUGUUCCCAAUGUUACCAAUAGAAUCUGCAUUAUCAACAUACAGAGAAGUUGAAUCUGAUUUAUUAUUUUUAUCAUGUAGAUCAGUUAUUCUAAACGUUGCAAUUUCACAAGAUUUGGGUCCCGUAGUACAACAGACUUUAGAUUUAAUAGAUUUGAUACUUCGAAAUGAAAAUAUCAAUUCACCUAAUAUCACCGAAGAUGCCAUACACUCAAUCUUCGUUAUGAUAAGGUUAUUGAGUGAUGUAAUGGAAUAUUAUUGGGAUAGUAAUGAAGGUGACAUGCUAGAGAAUGAUUCAAGAAAUGAACAGAUUGAUGCAUCAAACAAAGACCAAAAUGGUAGAAGGAAAAGUCAAAUACCUAUAGGUAAACAAAAGUCACUAUUUACUGGUACCAUAGUAGGUUAUUCUACUCACAGACCAAAUUUUCAUACAUCAAGACCAGCAAGUUUGAAUCCAGAAUUAGCAAAAAGAUUAGUAUACACUUGUUCAAGAGUUAAAUUUUCAAGACUAACUUGCAGAGUAUUAUCAAAUAUAUCUCAAAACUUUUCACAUUAUACUGUUUCUUCAAUUGAUAACAUUUCACCAAAUUAUAGAUAUUUCAAAAACAAUCCUUCACUAAUACCUUUAAUUGAAAGAAUAGAUCUGACAGUAGAUUAUAUACAACGUUUUGUUGCUGCAUCAAACCCAACUGAAUUUUUCCAAUUUAUCAAAAGUAAAGCAUUAUCCCCUUCAUUGAAAAAAGAUACAGAAUCUUGGAAUGAAAUCGUUUGCCAUUAUGAUUUAAUGGGAUGUAUUUUCCUUUCAAAAAGAUCAUUUCCAAAAUUUUUUGAAGUAAUAAAAUCAAUUGUGGUAAACCUGAAAAAAUCAAUCUUUUCAUGCCUGUUUUUAUACUAUUCAUCAAAAGCAUUAAUGUAUUGGUUUAUGGCAAGACCUAAGGAAUAUGAAGAAAUAAUACUAUCUUUCAAAGAGCUAAGUAGAAUAGAGUCAGACUCAAAAGAAAAGGAUGCAAAAUUAUCUGAAACAUUAUUGAAAGCAAAACAUCUAUCAAAUCUGUCAACCUCAUUAUUUGAUGAAAUUUACUCUGUUUUUGCAGUGCCCAAUAUGCUAACUUCAUCAACUUCAAGUAGUAAUUCAUCAACUACUUCAAAUCUAAAUUCAUCAUCAAAUAACUUAAGCAUUCACAUAAACACAGGGGUAGCGUCCUUACACACAUCCUCUUCAAUAUCGCCAUCAGUAACUCACCCGCCAAGAGAACAAACAACUACACCAGGGUCAGUUAAAUCCAAUCUUUCUAACGUCUCCAGUACUCAAUCUGCUCAAUUAAUUUCCAAUCCAGUAUCUCCCGCUGUCGGUUCCAUAGGAAGAAAAUAUCAUCCACCAAACACAUCUGAAUUAUUACAGCCUUCUCCAAAUCCAUCUUCUCAUGCUAGUACUAUAGAUGAUAUGUAUAGUUACAGCACUUGUACUAAAGGGGAUGAAAGUACUGAUAGUUCGGAAUUAUCUACCCAGAGAUCAAUAGACCAGGCAUCCACUAGACCUAUGAAUGAUAUUUUCCAUCUAAUAAACGUCUUAGAUCUAUAUACAACUUUCGACGAGUCAGAAUCAUUAAUUCACACCUCAGUCCUGAGGUUUUUGUCUGUUUUGUUGUUGCUGGAUCCAGAUGUUUUCUCUGAAAUUAAUACUAUUCCAUUCAAAUACAUACGGGAUGCUGCACCAGAAUCAUCUAGAGCACUAAUAGAUAAAGAAAAGGAAAGGGAAAAGGCUUUGAGUAUGAAGCAUCUAACACAUGGUUUAAGAAAACUAACCACCUUAACUCCCCAAAAAGUCAGCAAGCCUGUCAAAUUCUUAACAUCAUUAAUGAGAAUAUACAAUGGUUCGCAUUCUUCAUCUGAUUUAACUUUAUUGGAUAGUAUAAGAGCUUUAUUAUCUCUGUUUACAGUGUCUUCGGCAGUAGCAUUGAGAAGUAACAAGUUACCUGCUGCAAUGUUUGCUAGUAGAUUAAUAGAUUCCUUUGGGAUUAAUUUAGAAAUAGGAAAAGAUUGGAAUGCCCCUUUAAUUCCAAAUAUAGUACAAUGUCUCAACAAGCAUAAGAGGAUGACAACUAGAUUCCAACUUGAAUAUUUCGCUGCUUCCCUUCAAUUAGAGACUCACACCUUUUUAGAGCAUUUGAAUUUAGAAGCUGCUGCGAAAGAAAUGGAUACCGACAAGCUUGUUUUAUACACUGAGGGUUUACGUGUUUUUUUCCAUUUGCCUAAUUUCCAAAUAUUACGUAGGAAAACUGCUAUUCAAACUGCCCCAUUUUUCAAAGGUCUUUUCAGCAAUGUAUCAGAUAUCAUUCUAAAAGAUUUCCCAUAUUUCAAUGAGUAUUCAGUAUCAGAAAUUGUAGCAUCCAUCAUGGAAGGUACUUUAAUAGAUAAAUUCGGCGCGAAGGGUGUAUCUAUAAGAUCAUCUCCUUCAUCAUUAUCCUCUAUGAUUUCUCCUUCACCUGCUACCAAACCUUCUCAAGCCACAAGUCCAGUAGGAAUGGAUUCUGGUUGGACUCAACAUCCGAUUAUUCCAACUUCUUCCAAUUCAUCGGACUUAUCUGAUAUCAGUUCUUCAACAGUAUCAAAUGUAUCAGAAAUGUCAUUUAGUAACCUAAUAUCUCCAAGAGCACGUAGAGUAUCUGGAAAUUCCGGUGUUUUAAAAAGGAGCUCAUUAUUAGCAUCUCAAGGAGACCUAGAAAAUAAAGGCUCCAGUGAUUCACACGUCCUAGUUUCUAAUGGUUUCACUUCAGCCACACCGAUUCAACCAGCUGUUCCAAGAACUAUCAGAUCACCUAUUAGACCACCACCAUUACCUAAACGUAAUAAGGAUGACAGCUCAGUUAAGGUAACGAAACAAACACUUAAUACUAGCAGUGAUCCUAAUAUGUACUCUAUUUCUGAUAUUGAAAAUGCAAGAAGAGUUAUGCUAAAUAUAUUUAGUAUUUUCAAGAGAACUGCAAAUUUUUUUCUAUUACCAGAUGAUAACACAUUAUCUUAUGAUAUGGCAGGCGAGGACUUUAAGUUAAUUAUCAAACCCAUAUUCAUUGCAAUUAUUGAUUCUAGUAAAACUUUAGAAUCUACAGCACAAUCUUUUAUGAAUGUCUUAAUUAAAUUUAUGUCUGAACUCGACGCUACCGUUUCAAGCCCAGUUUUAAAUGCCUAUUAUCUAUUUUGCAGUUAUUCUGUGACAUUAUUUUCCUCUGCCUUAUUUGAUCUAAAUUUGACAAAUAACAAAAGAGAAAUAUUGUUAGAUAUAGUUAGUAAGCUGCUACAAGUUAAAUCAAUCUUGGGCAAAAUUGCAGAAGAGACAAAAAGAAUAGAUUUUAUUAAAGAUUCCGAAGAAAAAACUUUUAAUGGUUUGGUUGGCUCUGUUGGUAGAGGCUUAUUUGUUUCUUUGCAUACAAACAAGGGUAAUGUCCAAAAGCUUUUGACAAAAGCUUAUUUAGAAUAUUACCAAACAUUAUCGUUUCAUAAGAAUAACAUUGGUAAUUUAGAAGACAAAUGGAGAGGAAAUAUGGAAUUUGUCCUUGCAAUGUCUAAGGAUAAUUACGUCUCAUCAGGAUCAGUUGCAUUUCAACGUCGUUUGAGAACCAAUAUAUUGAAGUACAUUGGCCACCCAGAUGAGAUGUUGUUAGACUCCAUUCGUGUUAUAUUUAGAAAAUGGAUGCAAAUUUCAAAUACUAGAUGUCUCUCUCCAGAGGAUUUGGCUGAUUUUAGAAGCUAUGCUGGUAUUAUCGCGUCCUUAUCCGGUGUAAUGUUAACAAUUGCGGAAGAUGGACCUGUUAGAUAUCCAUUUUUACUUGAAGUUAAGAUGGAAAUAACAAAAGAAAUUAAUCAUUUCAUUUCAAAACAGUGUUCAUGGCUGAAUAACGAUGAUUUGCUAACUAGAGAGAAUUCAAGAGAUAUAUUGAGCACCGAGCUUCAUCCAUUAUCCUUUAAACUUCUCUUCUACAAUUUAAAACUGAAGUUUGAGGAAGUUAGGACUGUGGAUUUAUCACAAGACGAACAGUCGUCCUAUUUUAUUCUGUUAGAGCAGAUUAUUAUAAUAAUUAGAACCAUUUUGAGACGAGAUGAUGAUCAACAGGUGUUAUUUUUAUUUUCUCUAGAUAUUGUUAAUUUCAUUGAUCAACUGGUGGAAUUGGUAGAGAAAGUAGACCAAAAAUCUUCAAAAUACUAUAAGAUUGUUAUUCACCUUUCUAAAAUGUUCAGAGCAAUGAAGCAUUCUGAAAAGAAUUUGGGUUUAGCUGGCCAUUAUCUGUUGAAGAAUAAAUGGUUAAAGUUAGUAACAAAGUGGUUUAAAUUAUCAAUUGCUAAAGAAUUUGAUUGUGAAAAUUUAUCAAAACCUCAUCGUGAAAUGGACUUGAAGAGGAGGGAUUUAGAUUUAUUAUAUUUGGAUACUUCUAUCGAAUCUUCAAAAGCUAUAGCAUAUUUAACCCUCGAGUUACCUCUAGAAAUCCCUCCAGCAUUGUCAGAAGAAGAAAUGAGAAGGUCAUCUGGGUUAAUAUUUAGAAAUUAUUUUGGUAUUUUGCUUAAGGGUAUUGAAAAGACUACAGAUAUGAAGAAAUUCCCAACCUCGUUAAAGCAUAAAGUUACUAUUUUAACUGAAAAUUUAAUUGCAUCCCUAACUAACUUAUCAAAUUCAAAUGUCGAACCAGCAUUGCAAUAUACCUUACCAAUGGGUUUCUCUGAAAAUAAAGAUAUAAGAAUUUCAUUUUUGAAGGUAUUCAUAAAUGUUGUUAAAAAUUACCCAAACCGUAAAUCUAAUACUGAAAAAAUUAAGAUUGAAGCCACCAACGAACUUUUAAAAUUUCUUAUCAAAUAUCCACAUUUAAUCACACAAGCAACAAAUGUUUGUUCCUCGGCUGAAAUCGAUGAAUACACAGUAGGUUUGGUUAGUGCCUUUGAUACUAAAAAUGCUGCUCAUAUAUUAAUCACUCAAUUAGUUAAAGAUGAAAUACAAGAUUCCAUUAGGCAUAUGGAUAUUUUGAGAAGAAAUAGUGUUGCUACGAGAGCACUAUCGUUAUAUUCAAGAUCUAAGGGUAAUGAAUAUUUAGUAAAAAUAAUUGGCCCAGUUUUAGAACAAAUGGUUGAGGACAAAGCAUACUUUGAGGUGGAAAAACUGCAACUAGAUGAUCCUAAUGCUUCAGAGCAACUUGAUUUGUUUGAAAAAUAUAUGAAGAUUUUAAUUGAUGCUAUCAUUGGUUCAAUAGAUUGUUUCCCAGUAGAAUUAUUCGUUGUUUGUCAGGUAAUUUAUUCUGAAGUUCGCAAAAAAUUUCCAGAAUACUCUUUAGUUGCAGUUGGGUCUUUUGUAUUUUUGAGAUUCAUAUGUCCUGCUUUAGUCAGUCCUGAAACUGAAAAUAUUAUCGGCGUGACACCAUUGAAAGAAAAACGUUCAUUAAUACAAAUGGCUAAAGUUAUUCAGAAUAUGGCAAAUGGAUCUGACAAUUUAUUAAAAUGGCCAUCAUUAGCCACUAAGUUGGAUUUCCUAAAGAAAUGUAAUGAUGAUAUAUUCGAGUUCUUAGCUGAAUUAUCUAGAACAGACAGAGUGAUCAAGAUUCCAUUAAACUCAAGUACCACCUUACCAUCAAAUGUAACAAUGCUUUGGAACCUAAACUUUUUCCAUACAUUUUUGUAUAUGCACGAACUACAAAUCAGAAAAGGAAACUUAGAUGAAAUGAAAUCUUUCACUAAUUUUAAUCUUUUAAGAGAUUCAAUUAUGUUGGUUGAUAGAGUGUUAGGUAUAUGGGGUCAACCAGUUUGGGAAUGUAGAAACGAAAUUCCAUUAUUUGUCAAAGAGAACGUAGACAGAUAUCCUCAAUUAUAUGAAUUCAUGAGUAGGUAUGCAUUCAAAAGAGUGCUGUCAACAGCUGAAGAUGCUACGUAUGUCCACGAGUCUAUGUCAUCGGAUGGAUUCCAAAUAUUAACUUUGACUUUUAGCCAUUUUAUCAGUCUAGGUUUUGAUGUUGAUUCAAUAGUGUACAGAACCCUUCAAGUUUAUGCAAGGAUUUGGUCCAAUAAUCAUUAUUUGGUCCUUGAUUGCACAGAAUUCCAUUCUGAGGAAUGUGAUAUCCCUAAGCUAACCACUCUUUUCUUAAGUUUAUUACCAGAUGAAGCUUUCCAACAUUGUAUUGGCUACUAUUUCUUAAAUGUUACUGAAUCUUUUAUGGAUAGUUGGGCCGCUUUGCUUACAAUGGACAAUCCUUAUAUUAGCCAUAAAGUUCCAAUAUUUUUUGUGAAUACAAUAAGCGACCAAGAAAUGAUUAAUACUAUUGGUUUAAGUCCGCAAACUACUGCAGUUCUUGAAGAUGUCAGGAUCUCUUUACAUGAAAUAAAUCUUUUUGAGGAGGAAAAACAAAUAUUCAAGCCUGUAGCUAUGAGAUUAGGUAAUAAAUAUUUCCAAGUUUUACACGAAGAACCCAAAAAGUAUUACUUUGAAGGAUUUGAUACAGGAUUUGAUAUAAAGUUUAACUACGUUUACAGUAUUUCUCAAGUUGCAAACGUAUUAGUUUCAUAUACGAAAGGGAUGCCUAAUGAGUUUAUGGUAACAUUUACAGAUGGAAAAAAAUUGAUAUUUACUAGUCCAAAGUAUUUAGAAAUUGUGAAAAUGUUUUCGUAUGCAUUAGCGAAAAUACAAGAUGAUAUCGGCAUUAGUAAUAUGCUUUCUCCAAUCACUAAAACAAAGAAUAAAACUACAAUCGGAAAUGAAAAGGAAACAUUAUCCCAUAUUAUAUUAGUGGUUUUGGCGGGCCUUUUCCAUAAUGACGACGUUGUUAAGAAUAUUGCAUAUAAUUUAUUAGCUACCACCCAAGAUGCGUUUAAUUUAAAUUUUGGUAUUAAAUUUAGAACAACUCCAGAAAUGUACGUCCCUGAUGACUGCACGACAUUCUUAAGGCAAUUAUCAAAGGCAAUUGCAGAAUCUGCACCUGAACUUACUCCACAUAUCUUCAAAUUGCUUAUUGAAGCGUUAGAGAAUGGAAUUAUCCCUCAAGAUUAUAUUCCACAGACAGUAUGUUGUAUGUCAUAUUGGAUUCCUAAUCUUUACAAAUAUGUCUAUAUCUCUGAUGAAGAAGAAGGACCCGAAGAGCUAUCAUAUAUGAUAAGAGUAUUGAUAAGAUUAACAAUUUCCGAACCACAUUUUACUUCGGUAUAUUUACAGCACAUAUGGUACAUCAUAGUUCUAGAUGGAAGGUUAUGUAAUAUCAUAGUUGAAGAGGUAGUGAAUCAUGCUUUAGAAAGAGAUUCUGAAAAUAGAGACUGGACAAAGGUUUUGCCACUUCUAACAGGAUUGUCAACAGUUGAUAUUGCCUGUAAUAUAAUUCAUCGUCUGAUGAGAAUAAUUGACUCAUUCUUACCAUCAUUAAAAAUGGAAGUCUCCACACAAAGUUGGUCUGAAUUGACUAUAUUGGUAAAGAUUGCAAUUCCUUUAUUUUUCGAAUCACCAAUGCUUGCACAGAUGUACCUUCCUGAAGUAUUAUUCAUAGUAUCGUUGCUAAUCGAUCAAGGUCCUAAGCAUAUAAGAAGUUGUUUUCAUCAAUUGUUAAUGAAUAUUUGUCAUUCCCUAGCCAUAAAUGACUCCUUAAGUGAAAUAAAUCGUAAAAAUCUGGAUGAAGUUUGCUGUAUAUUUUCUCGCCAAAAGUUGAAAUUUAUGUUUGGUUUUAGUCAGGAUAAGGGCAGUGUGUUAAGAAAUUUCAGUAUUUCAUCGUUUGCAAGUAAGUUUAAUACUUUAGAACAUUUUACUACUAAUAUUUUCUUUGCGAUGGAGAAUGCAGAUAUAUCCGAAUCAGCUCACUGGAAAACCAGGUAUAAGAAAUAUUUAAUGGAUUCAAUAUUUAACAGAGAUUCUUUCCUAUCUGCUAGGGCUAUGAUGAUUUUAGGUAUUAUUGGAAAAUCUAAUACCUCUGAAAUGUUAUGCAAAAAUCUUCUAAAGGAAACUAUGAAGGUAAUGGCAGAACCACAUGUUGAUGACGAAGCUAUAUUCCUCCUAAUUUCUCAUGUUUUUACGUACAGUAAGAUUGUUGAAGGUUUAGAUCCAUCUUCCAAUUUGAUGAAACAAUUAUUUUGGUUUGCUACCUGUUUGACCGAAUCACCUCAUCCAUUGAUAUUUGAAGGUGGUAUGCUUCUUUUAUCAAAUUGUUUGAAGAGGAUGUAUAUGCUAAAGUUUGAAAUCAGCUUUGAUAGAUCUAAGACAUUAUCCUCCACACUAAUUGAAGCAAGAAAAUUUGCAGAGCCAGUGUUAUUAGAAUUGGAAGUUGCUAGGGAUGUGACUUGGAAUAUAGAUAGCUUUUCACAAGUUUUGUUAUCCAUUAUCAUCAGAGGGUUGGCUAUACCAUUUGUGAAACCUGCCGCAAUAGAUUGCUUGGAACAAUUCUUCAAGAAUGCUUAUUAUGAAUAUCGUAUGCAUGCUACAUCAACUGAUUAUUUGUCUUACCUAUUUUUGUUGUUCUUAAUUUCUACACCUGAUCAGUUUUAUAAUAUGUUACAUGUUGUUGAAUUUGAAGGUGAAAUGACUACGCUGGAUGAUUUAAACAGAAUACCAACAGUCCUUGCUGAUUGGUUAGCAUCAGAUGCAUGUUUCUCCAAUGUUGCAUUGUAUCAAGGUGCCGUAUUAUUCAGUAGUUCAGUUUCAGAUGAACUAACAAAGUUAAGGUUUGCUAUUAUAAUGAGAUAUCUACUAAAAACAAACCCUAUAUGUGUAUUCAGAUUUUACACGGUAACCAGAAACGAAUUAAGACGGAUCUCUACAUUAGAGCAUAAUUUGAAUAGUGUGACCGUUGCAUUUGAGUUAAUCACAUUACUAGUAACAUACAAAGAAUUUGAAGAAUUACAAGACUUUAACAAAUCGUCAUUAGAUAACUUUAAGGAAAUCGGGUUAUUAUCUGUUACUAAAAUCAGGACUUUCCCAUUCCAGCAUAUUGGUGAUGUACUAAUGGGUAUUCAAGAACAACCUAAAUUAAUAUACGAAAGAAAGCGUUUGUUAACGAUGGUUUUGGGAAGAAUGGCAUGCCACGAUUAA